CCCCGGUGUUCAGGAAGUUUGUUGUGGCGAUCGGAGCUGAGGGGUGAACCUCCUCAGGUACAGGUCCGCAUGGAUGCGACCCAGCAGAUAGAUGACUCCUUCUGUGAAGAUGACACGGAUGAAGAAAAGGAACCGUCAGGAGAAAAGAAGGAAAGAGAACCGCUGGCUGCAUUGAAAGUGUUCAAGAACAAUUACAUCCCAGAAACAGAGGUGCCCCUCUACCAAGGAGAGAACGUUUUGGGCCGUGAUCCCGCCUCUUGCUCCUUUCCGCUACAGGCCCGUUCCAUAUCCAGCCGCCAUGCCGUCAUCUCCAUCACCUUCUUCCACGAUAACAACCGUCGCCUCAGUGACGGGGACACCAUGGAAGCGCUGCUGUGGGACCUGGGCAGCUUGAACGGCACCAGGAAGGGCCGGAUUAAACUGACCCCUCAUGUGCGUUAUGCUCUGACGGAGGGGGACAGCGUGGUGCUCGCUGACCUGCCCUGCCAAUACAUCAGCCUUAAACAUGCAGAAAGAAACGCACACACGGCCACAGCGAAGGAGAAGGGUCCGUCACCCGCCAAGAGUGGCUCAGAAGGAGGGAUGGGCAGAGGAGUGGAGAACGGGGGGAAGAGGAGCGCGUUACCACCUGUGCCAUUAUGGGAGGAUAAAGAGGCAAAUCUUCAGUCACCUCAGAAGACCCCCAAAGAGCCAGAGAGGACGCUGGUGCCCGAGUCUGACUACGACUCAGAUGGAGAGCAGGGUGGACGGAGAGAGAGGAGGAGGUUUCUGGACUCGGCAUCCUCAGACCUGUCAAGCCCCACUUGUUCGACAUUCCUGACGCCAGCAAACAAAGUCAUUCCAGAGAGUGAGGACGAAAGCUCGAUCACCCCAUCCUCGGCUGGGAUGGGCAGAUUUAUAAAGAAAGAGAACCACAGUGAAGCCUCCUCAGACUCCCUCAAACCUGCCCUGCUGAACUUCAACAUGGACAGUGACACAGAUGGGGAGGAAGAGGAUGCAGAGGUGAGGAACAGAAAGCCUGAAGUUAAGCCUGCUAACCCACCACAAGUGGACCCAGUUGAUCCAGCCUGUCUCCAUAUGGACAGCGAUACUGAUGUAGAGGAUGAGGAGAUGGAGAAAACCAAAGGUCCAGAGACUGCAGCUGGAGUCGCACAAAAGGACAUGGCUACUCCAGCUGGUCACGCCAUGGACAGCGAUACAGAUGUCGAGGAGAAUGAGCCUCGUAGAACUGAAACCAGUCUGCAUUCUGGAAGCAAAGAACAGAAGACGUCCUCAGAAUUCCACAUGGAUAGUGACACGGACGUUGAAGAUGAGGACGUUCCCAUGAUGACAAAGCCGGAGAGGCCGGUGUCCGUACCCACAGCCAAUCCUGUAGCAGAAUUCCAUAUGGACAGCGACACUGAUGCAGAAGUAGAGGAGAAGCCAACAGAAGCAAUUAAGCUAAUCUCAGACAGUGAUACUGAUGAUGACGAUCCAUUCAAACCUACAAAGGGCAGAACUAUUGAGAAUGUGAAGGCUCUACAGGCCAAAACGGUGCAGCCUGACUCCAACAGUGACACAGAUAUGGAGGAUGACAUCACCGCAGCCAACUCUAAGCCACGUAAAGACACUGGGAUUGCCCCAGAUGCUCACUGUGAAAGUCCAGCUCAGGUCCAGCCUCCUGCUGAAAAAGCGCAGGGUGAAUUCAGGAUGGACAGCGAUACGGAUGUGGAGGAAGAAGAGGAGAAGCUUGAGGAGAGGGGUUCAGGAACAGCAGCAGAGGCUGUCCAGUCUUCUACACCAAGAGGAGCAGGUUUGUCCGAAGAGGAUAUGGAAACCCAAGCAUUCGUCAGUCCGUCUCAGCCAUUUAAACGGCCAGCUCUCCCCUCUCUCCUCCGAUCCUCUGUCUCCCCUGGAAGCCGCAGUCAGGACAGCGAUGACUUCACUGUGGCCGAGACUCAGUCCUUCGUGUCUGAUGCUCUCGCUGCAGACGCCACUCUGGAUGAGACGCAGCAGUCACUGAGGGGCUGUGGAGCUUCUCCCUUCCAGCUGGGCCUCUCUGACAGCAGCCACCAACAGCCAGAUCCUGAAGAGCAUGCUGGGGCUUUGGACCCAUCCGAAGAUGACUGGACCCUACAGCCUACCCAACCAUAUGCUGUGAAGAAUUUACAAGGCAAAGGAGCCAGUACUGAAGCCAGGCAGAGGCAGCUGGAUCUGGAGGCUACACAAGCCUACGCAGUCGACAUUGAUAAUGAGGAGGAGCAGACCCAGCCACUGAAAGAAGGAAAUGAUGACAGUGACACUAACGGGGUGCCUGACACUGGUGACAGAAGAGGAAGGGUAGUGGACGAUGAUGGGGAGGUGCUGGAUUCGCAUCCCUCCACUGCAGACACUCUGAUCCUGGUCAGGAGCCCAAAACCAGAGGAGCAGACCCAAGCUUAUGCUCUCUUUACUGCCCAAACUCUGCCACUUAAUGAGGAGGAGGAAGAAGAAGAAGAGUUCAGCAGCGGACCUGGGCCAAGUGGGAGACUCUGCAAACGAAGGCAGAUAGAUGAAGAGCAAACACAGCCUAUAGAUCCUGGUGCUAAAACCCAGGUUGCCGUUGCUGAAACACUGCCUAUGUUUGAGGAAGAGGAGGCGCAGGAGGAAGAGGACAGUACUGAAACCAUGUCCAGCAGGAGAUCCCUUAGGGGAGGAAAAGCUGAGGAAACGCAGCCUAUUGAGCCUGGCGCUAGUACCCAUGUUGCUGUUGCGGAAACACAGCCUGUGGGUGAAAAUGAGAAGGAAGAACAGAGUGAAACUACGUUGGACAGUAAACCCCGUAGAGGGAGAAAGGUUGCUAAAGCUGAGCCAACACAGCCUCUUGAGCUGGAUUCUAACACUGAUGUUACUGUUGCUGAAACACAGCCACUGGAGGGUGAUGAGGAGGAAGGUGAGGAAGAGCAACAAAGUGAAAUCACAUCUAGCAGAAGAUCCCGUAGGGGGAGAAAGGUUGCUAAAGUUGAGGAAACCCAGCCUCUUGAGCCUGAUGCUACCGCCCAUGUUGCUAUUGAGGAAACUCAGCCAAUGUGUGAGGAUGAAGAGGAACAUGAGGAAGAACAGAGUGAAAUCACUUCUAGCAGAAGAUCCCGUAGGGGGGGAAAGGCUGCCAAAAUUGAGGAAACCCAGCCUCUUGACCCUGAUGGUAGCACCCAUGUUGCUAUUGCUGAAACACAGCCGGUGGGUGAAGAUGAGGAAGAAGGACAGAGUGAAACUACGCUGGACAGUAAACCCCGCAGAGGAACAAAGGUUGCUGAAGCUGAGCCAACACAGCCUCUUGAGCUGGAUUCUAACACUGAUGUUACUAUUGCUGAAACACAGCCACUGGGUGACGAUGAGGAGGAAGGUGAAGAAGAGCAACAAAGUGCAAUCACAUCUAGAAGAUCCCGUAGGGGGAGAAAGGCUGCCAAAAUUGAGGAAACCCAGCCUCUUGAGCCUGAUGCUACCGCCCAUGUUGCUAAAGCUGAGGCACUGGGUGAGGAUGAGGAGGCACAUGAUGAAGAGCAACAGGGUGGAUCCAGGAGACCCCGCAGGGGGAGAAAAACUGCUAAAGCUGAGCCAACGCGGCCUCCCAAGUCUGAUGCCAGCACCCGAACUGCUACUACUGAAACUCUGGAUGGAGAAGAGGAGGCGCAGGAGGAAGAGCAGCAAGCUAGCAAGAGAAGCCUCAGGGGAAAAGGGAGAGGAGUGUCUGGUAAGGGCAGAGGAAGAGCUACUGCAGAGAAAGAGGGAAAGAGGAAAAGAGGAAGAGCCGUGUCAGAGGAAGAGGAGGACAGCGAAGAGGAGACGGAUGGAGGGAGGAAGGGAGGAGGGAGAAAAAGCACAAGACAGAAGUCUAAAGAGCAGGAAGACAGGGACAAGCUGGAGGAGGAGAAAGAAAGGGAGACCCAAGAGGAAAGGAGAGAGGAGCGAGAGCAGAAAGAACAAGAAGAGAGGGAAUGUUUAGAGAGGGAGAGAGUGGAGCAUGAAGAAAGAGAGCUGGCUGAAAGGUUGGAGCAAGAGAGGAAGGAAAAUGAAGAAAGAGGGCGGUUGAAAAAGGAAGAAGAGGAGAGGGAGAGGAAAGAAAAAGAGGAAAAUCAGAGCAGAGAGAGAAAAAGAAAGGAAGAAGAGGCAAGAGAGAAGCUUGAAAAGGAGAGGAAGGAAAGAGAAGAGAGGGAGAGAUUAGAAAAAGAAGAGAAAGACAGAUUAGAGAGAGAGAGGAAGGAAAGGGAAGAGAAGGAGAGAUUAGAAAAGGAGAAGAGGGAAAGGGAGGAGAAGGAGAGAUUGGAAAAGGAGAAGAGGGAAAGAGAAGAACUUGAACAAAGACUUGAAAAAGAAAGGAGUGAACAGGAAGAAAAAGACAGAUUAGAGAGGGAACAAAGGGAGCGAGAAGAGAAGGAACAAAUUGAAAAAGAAGUGAGAGAAAAGGAAGACAGAGAACAAGAGGAGAAAGAGAAGAAAAAGAAAGAAAAAGGGGACAAAGAUGGAGCGGAAAAGGAAAGAGGACGACUACAGGGAAAGCGUCGAGCGGGGCUGGUGAGGAAAGAAAAAGGAAAAAAGGAGGAUGAAGAAGAAGAAGACAUAGAUGGACAGAGUGAGAAUUCCAAAAGAAGGAUGCUGGAAAAGGAAAAGGACACAGUAGAGACGGAAAAACAAGAACAUGAAGGUGGGAAGGGUAAAAAGAAAGUGCAAGAAAAAGCAGAAAGUGAAGCGAAACCGGGUAGAGGUAGACGACCUACCAGGAAAUCCACAGCGCCCCCUGCUGCCGCAGAGGAAUCCGUGUCGGUAGAUGUCCCGGCCAAAAGGACACGUUCACGUUCAAAUUCCUCCAACUCAGUCGGUUCAGAGCAGUCUACGUCCACCCUGGAUGACCAGACCAGAGGCCAAGGCCGAGGAAGGGGCAGAGGGAGGAAACCAGCCGAAGAAGUGGUCGAUAACAGCAGGCCGUCAGGUCGAAGGAAAACCGCCACUGCAGCAUCUACCGAGACGGAGCGGGAUUCUGGUGCUCGUGUUCGCUCUUGCUCCAACUCCAGAAGCUCGGAGAGAUCCAGCAGCAGCGCUGGAAUCGGAACAAAGGAUAAAGGAGGAAAAGGGAGGAAGAGUGUGAAAGUGGAAAAGCAAGAAGAAGGUCAACAAGGUUCAGCAGCUGCUGGACGUGGGAGGGGAAGAGGCGGUAAACGACUGGAGGCAGGCGAUGUUAAAGUGGAGGCAACUGCAGAGGCCCACCGGGAGAAGGAGAGAUCAGAGGCAGUGUCUGUCAAUGAGGAAAGUGUUAUAAGCCAAACCCCCAGCAGAGGGCGCAAGAGAGGUGCUGAUACCACUGUGCUGGCAGCAGAAACGCCCCAGCCCACUCCUAAAACCCCUCGGCGGUCGGUAGCCGGUCCGACCCACAAGGUCUUGUUUACAGGAGUGGUGGACGAGGAUGGGGAGAAGGUGCUGGUGCGUUUGGGUGGUGGGCUGGCGAAGGGCGUGGGUGAUAUGACUCACCUAGUGACGGAUAAAGUCCGCCGCACCGUCAAGUUCCUGUGUGCUGUGGCCAGAGGAGUGCCCAUCGUCACCCAAGACUGGCUGACCAAGUGUGGUAAAGCAGGGAGCUUCCUCUCUCCUAAUGAGUUCUUGGUGAAAGAUCCUGAGCAGGAGAAGAAAUUUAACUUUAACCUGCAGGACUCUUUGAGAGCGGCCAGUCAUCAACCCCUAUUACAGGGUUAUGAGAUCCAUGUGACGCCCUCUGUGAAGCCUGAGCCAGUUCAGAUGAAGGACAUCAUCACCUGCUGUGGUGCACGCUACCUUCCCAAGAUGCCCACUGCUCACAAGGCUCAGGUGGUGGUGGUGUCCUGUGAAGAGGACAGAGCUCUGUGUAAUAAGGCCCUGAGUUUGGGUGUCCCUGUGGUCAGUGCCGAGUUUCUGCUGACCGGCAUACUGCAGCAGAAAGUGGACCUGAAGACGCAUGCGCUCUCAACUUCUCCCUCUGCUGUUUCCAAACCUGCCACCCAGGGCCGCAGGAAGUAGCCUGGUGGCAGAAAUGGUCAGCUCCUCUUGGACGCAGGAUCUAAUGCAAUUUUUCUUAAUCACGCUAAGUUGCUGUUAACUGUGAAGAGAUAAUCCUCUGGUCAUUUUUUUAAGCUUCUCCUCAAAUAAACAUGAAAAAAAGA